UUCAGAUCAUUGGAGCUAAAAAAGUUUCACUUCAGUUGUGUGGUCACAAGCAGUGGCGGACUAAGCCCGUCAGAGGCCCGGGGCGGCAAAGCUGAAUGAGGUUUAAAAAAAUGUAGAUUCUUAUGUUUAUUUCGUUAAAACCUGUCUUGUCCAAUUCACCAUAACUUUGUAUCAGAUUGUCAACUGCUACAGCCAGAGCGUCAUCUGAAGCUUCUAGCAUAAACUUUGUUUCAAUAAUUUGGAAAAUGUUUUUCAUUUGUUUAAUAGCCCAAUUCGAAAAUUCUUGUAUAAAGCGGUCUAUGCAUUCAUACAUUGACCGACGUAUUUCUUCUUGAAUUUCCUGGUUUCUUUAAAGUCUUGUUUAGGAUUUGAUCAGGGUAACACAGAGGCAUUUGGGGGCCCCCCAUGAUCGGAGGCCCGGGGCGGGCGGCCCCUUCCGCCCCCCUGUUAGUCCGCCACUGGUCACAAGAAUGCUCGCUUUUUUUUACUAAAAUAAGUGGAAUAUCCAAAGAUUCACAGCAGUUCUCAAGAAGAGUAUACAAGGUCAAUAUGACGUUCUUAACUUCUCCUUCCCCGGUAAGAAGCAUAAGAAUGCAUAUGUGAAGCUCUCUGAUAAAAUGGAUCCUUCAAGUUUUAUAAAUGGAGUCAGAAGAGUGGCUAUUAAGGUCAAAGUUAAAUUAACAGCUCAAGUAGUGGAUCAUAUUCCCGAAAACGUACCAUUUUCUAAGUCAAUAUUCAAAAAGUCGCAAUUGGAAAAAAAGGGCCCUGUGUUACCACCAGAGCAGGUUUUGUUUUUGACGCACAACGAAAUACUCAUAGAGCUUCAGAGUAAACACACUGGUUUAUUGCAAUUGAGUAGGAAAUGUGAUCACAAGUUGUUCAAAGAAAUUGCAAGGACAGUGUUUGAACGUUUGAAACACAUUAUGGACAGUAACAUGGAAUAUGCCAAAGCACCGUUCGUACUCAGCAAAGCGUACAGGAAGUCGUACCCCCACUUCGGCGACUUCCAGUUGAUAUUGUCGACGCUGCACAGCAUAGAAGACGCGGCCGGAUCUCCUCGUUCGCAGAUCUCUGAGCAGGAGCUCUCCAAACCGCCCGCAGACUUGAACGAUGAUCAGUUUACAAAUGAGAAUGUGAAGAAAACGGUUCAAAAGUACAUUACUAGAAUAGAGCAGAAGAUUUUAGAAUACGUGAAUGGUCUUAAGACGGAGAUCGAACCGCAGGUCGCCUCGCCGGAGGAGUUGGCUCAAAACCGAGUGAGGGUGCAAUUCAAGAAAAUAGUACCUUAUAUGAAUCCGAUUCUGCGACAAGUGAUGACGCAACACUUUCAUGGUGGACGAAAACCUUUAACUCCGAAUCAUCAAGUCAGGAUGAAAAUUUACGGUGAACCAUUCCUGCCGACUCGCGACCACAUCGGGCCCAUAAUGGACAAGUGUCAAGCGGUGAAGAUCAUCAGAUCCGACUACAUAUGCAAUAUGGUCGCUUUCUCAACCCGUUAUAGACAUUAUUUAAACCUUAUGGCGCUCAACGGGCAAGCAUUUGGUGGUGCCAGGAUAUUCGUCAGACCUGCUAGAAUGGAAAAAAUGAAAAUGCCACCGCAACUAGUGAAGGAGUUGGAACAAAAACUCAAAUGCAACUACGAAAUACCACAGGACCAGGACAUGGAAGAAUGGGACGAAUAA